AUGGAGAUCACAGACAUGAAACAUCUCUUUCUAGUCUUCAGUGUUCUGACAGUGACUGUAGUAACAACAAUAACUGUAAAACCAACACCGAUACAAGUAAAAUUAGCCCAGCAGUUCAAUCAGAUGGACAUCAAAACUGUACCAACCUUUUUGGUUUUCCUGAACUCAGAAUAUGAGUCUUGUCUGGGGACGCUGAUCCACAAACAGUGGGUUCUCACUGCAGCCCACUGCUUCUUGCCAUUUCUUGAGAUAAACAUUGCUGCUUCAAAAGAGAGUUUCCAAAACAAGAUUGGAAACUUAAGACCCAUGCUUACUGUCCAACACCCAGAUUUUAUCCGGGAUUCUGCUGAGCAUGACCUCAUGCUUAUCAAGCUGAAUCAUCCCCAAAAGCUCAACGAUCAGGUGAAGCUGGUGGUUCUGCCCAAUACCACAGAUGACAGAAGAGGGGAAAAGUGCACAGUCUCUGGCUGGGGCUGGGAAUGGAAGAAUUCCAACACAGAGCCUGAUAUCCAGCUAAACCAGACUGUCUUUUGGUACUCUAAUGAUGACUGCCAAGAGUCUCCUGUAGGACAAAUUCCUGUUAAAAUCACAGAGAACAUGUUCUGUGCAGGAUCAUCUCUGGAGAACACACACACAUGUAAGGAAUUAGCUGCUGCCCCAAUCCUGUGCCAGAAUCAGCUCCACGGGAUCCUAUCUUGGUCAGCAGGAUGUAUUCUGAGAGGUGAUAUUGGCUACUACACCAGGGUUUCCCACUAUACAGACUGGAUCCGCAAAGUCAUCCACAAUAACUGAGCUCUAUUCCCUCUCCCAGUGGCCUCAGAACUGGGUCUACCAUCUUUACCCUUCCUUUCCCUCGAGCCUCAGAACAAGAUGGGAAUAGAGUCUUUGGCUAUC